CCUCCCCCCGACGCUGGGAAGAGAAGUCUCCGCGGGGGCGCGGCCCUGCCUCGGCCCCUGCCCGCCCCGUCCCUGUCUCGCCUGCCUUGCCCGAGCGCACGCCCCGAGCAGCGACCCGCGCGCUCCGCUCCUCCGCCGCCCCGGCCAGGGCCGCCAUGUCUUUAGGGAAGAGAAUUAUCUACAAGAGUGUGUGCCUGUCCCUGGCCUUGCUCGUGGCCGUGGCCGUGUUCCAGCGCAGUCUGACCCCCAGCCAGUUUCUACAAGAGCCCCCGCCACCCACCUUAGGGCCGCAGGAGGCCCGGAAACCAAGCGCACACCUGGCGAACCCCAAUGACUUCUGGAAAAGAUCAAAGGAUUUGGUCACCCCCGUGUCCAUGGCCUCACGGGUACCUCAGGCCUGGGACGUGACCACGACGAACUGCUCGGCCAAUGUCAACCUGACCCACCAGUCCUGGUUCCAAGGCCUGGAGCCACACUUCCAGCAGUUCCUCCUGUAUCGCCACUGCCGGUACUUCCCCAUGCUGCUGAACCACCCGGAGAAGUGCCACGGCGAUGUCUACCUGCUGGUGGUCGUCAAGUCGGUCAUCACGCAGCACGACCGCCGGGAGGCCAUCCGCCAGACCUGGGGCCUGGAGCAGGAGUCUGUGGGCAGGGGCCUUGGCGCCAGGCGCACCCUCUUCCUGCUGGGCACAGCCUCCAAGCAGGAGGAGCGCGUCCACUACCAGCAGCUGCUGGCCUACGAGGACCGUCUCUAUGGUGACAUCCUGCAGUGGGACUUUCUCGACAGCUUCUUCAACCUGACCCUCAAGGAGAUCCACUUCCUCAAGUGGCUUGACAUCUACUGCCCCCACGUCCGCUUCGUCUUCAAGGGUGACGACGACGUCUUUGUCAACCCCACCAACCUGCUGGAGUUCCUGGCUGACCAGCAGCCGCAGGAAGACCUGUUCGUGGGUGACGUCCUCCAGCACGCUCGGCCCAUCCGCAGGAAGGACAACAAGUACUACAUCCCCGGGGCUCUGUACAGCAAGGCCAGCUACCCUCCCUACGCCGGUGGAGGCGGCUUCCUGAUGGCCGGAGGCCUGGCCCGGCGCCUGCACCACGCCUGCGACACCGUGGAGCUUUACCCCAUCGACGACGUCUUCCUGGGCAUGUGCCUGGAGGUGUUGGGUGUGUAUCCCGUGGCCCACGAGGGCUUCAAGACUUUCGGCAUCUCCCGGAACCGCAACAGCCGCAUGAACAAGGAGCCGUGCUUUUUUCGUUCCAUGCUGGUCGUGCACAAGCUGCUGCCCGCCGAGCUGCUGGCCAUGUGGGGGCUGGUGCACGGCAACCUCACCUGCUCCCGCAAGCUCCAGGUGCUCUGACCGGGCCAGGCCCCCGGUGUCGGCUGGAGCUGCGCGAUGCCAGGGCAGACAGAGCUGGGCCUCGGGUGCUCCUGGGUGUGGCCAGGCACAGGUAGCUGGAGGGGCCUCCCUGUGUGGAUGCUCCAGAAAGUGGAGCUGCGGCCCAGGAGCGUUUGGAAGUGCCCAGACUGGAGAAGGUCAUCUGGGGCGCGAAGCUGCUGGCAGCCCUGCCAAGCUGGGUUCAUGGCCUCGCUCCCUCUGACCUGGUGGGAGGCCCUGGCGGCCUCUGAAGGAAUCCCGUGCUCAGGUACCUGGGCUAGGCCAGGCCCUGGAUGGCUCUGUGGCUGUCCUCUAUCUUCACAGAACACUCUCCCGAGAAACGCCUCAAUCUCCCCACAGGCCCAAGUGGCCCUUUCAGGAGAAGCUCCACCCUGUGCAGGCUCACAGGCCCCCCAGUCUGCGCCCCUGGGUCUCUUGGAGACAGGGCUCCAGAGCACCCUCCCCCACCUCCCCCUCCCCCCAGGGAGCUGGCUGCUCAGCCUCCAUAGUUCCCAGGUGGCUUCGGUCCUGGCCGCACCCUGGGCUGUUCCAUCUAGCCCGACUAGAAACGCAAGCUGCCGCUCUUACUACCUCAGCGACCCUCAGAACCUCUGGAUGGACAGCGGCCCCCCACCUCACCCCCUGACGCAGGGCCAGAGAGCAGCGUCCUACAACGAAGCCACGGUGCUGCCCAACCAGCCCCAGCCCAGGGCCCUUGGGCGGCCCCACUGCGGCCUGGCUCCCUGGCCGGAAACCAGCCAGUUUGGCCCUGGAAGUGAACAUACCUCUGUUAUUAUAAAGUUUUAUUUAUAAAGGAUUUGGAGGGAGGAGGCGCCAGGCCCCGGGAAAUGGCAGUGUUCUUCCCUUCACUCAUCCCAGCAGAACAUCUCCUCCAUGGGCCCCCCUGAGCCGCCCACGCGGCCCCUCCAGAACCGGCUGCUCCAGGACCAAGCAGACCGGCAUCUGCCCCUGCAGAGGCAUGGCGUGUCCCAUGUGGGCCGCCCCUCCCAGCUUCGGGGGUCCUUAGGGGUGGGUGCCAGAGGACGCCACCUCAUAUCUCUGGGUAAAGUCACCUGGGAAAACAUUGAGGAACUGUUUUCUCAAUAAAAGGGGACUGGUUUCCUUCUGGUGUGAAAGUUCCUGUUCCCAUUUCCGUCAGAGGGCUUG